AUGAUUCAUUUCAGAAAGAUGGCGGCGAGGAGGAAGGCUGGGCACAGCGGCGCUCAGGAGAAGGCAGCGAAUGGAAAGCAGCUAUCGAAACAUAAAGACGGACCGAUAGUGAUGGACACUAAGGCCGUGUUUGCAGCCCUGUAUGAGAUCUGUGAGGAGAACGCUGCUUUCUUCUCUGGCACGCAAGCAGGAGAUGCUCCACAGAGGCUGGUUGAAGCAAUGUUGACCAUUCAGAAACACGCUCGCAGCCUCGAGCCAGUUAUCUGUGGCUUUGCUGCCAUCUACCAUCACUUUGACUUUGACCCUCACGUUCCUGCUAACGGGUACCGCUCAUUAGUGAAGGUGGUGCGUUGCUGUGUUCUUCACAUCAUCCACAAGGCACGCCACAUUGCAUCCAACAGACGGAGCAUUUUUUUCCGUGCAGCCCAUCAUGCUGCAGAGAUGGAAGCUUACAGCUGCGCUCUGUGCCAGCUAAGGGCUCUGCUCUACCUCGCCCAGAGGCUGCUGCACGACAACAGUCACGGCAACCUCUUCUUCCAAGAUGAGAAUGGCCUCAGCCAGCUCUUUCUUCGAGAGUAUGCCUCCAUGCACAAGGGCUGUUUUUAUGGUCGCUGUGUUGGCUUCCAGUUCACUCCAGUCAUCCGUCCACACUUGCAGAGUAUUACCAUAGGCUUGGUCGCAUUUGGUGAUAACUACAAGAAGCACCAUUCCAGCAUAGGUGUUGCUGCUAGUUCGUUAUUCACCUCUGGAAAGUAUGCCAUUGAUCCUGAGCUGAGAGGCCUGGAGUAUGAGCGAAUCACUCAGAACUUGGACGUUCAUUUCUGGAAGACGUUCUGGAAUAUCACUGAAAGCGAAGUUUUGGCAGGCUUGGCGAGUAUGACCUCCACUCAGGUAAAAGUGAACCGUGCUCUCUCUGUGCCACCUGAUUGCUUUGACCUACCCUUGGUGGACGAUUCCACACAUACGGUUACAAUCUCUUCUCCGGUUGCCCACAUCGGCCCUGGACCAGUUCAGAUGAGACUCAUCUCCAGUGAACUGAGGGAAGGACAGGACAGCGAGAAGCUGUUGGCAAUAUCCCGUUCCGAUGGUGGGUCAGUGUCUCGGAGUGUAAAGAUUAAGAAGAGCCCUCCAUCGCCAUGGCUGGUGGUACAUUAUCAUGGAGGAGGAUUUGUUGCACAGACUUCGAAAUCUCAUGAGCCAUACCUGAAAAGUUGGUCGCAGGACCUGAAUGCCCCAAUCCUGUCAGUAGAUUAUUCUCUUGCUCCUGAAGCCCCAUUUCCACGUGCACUGGAGGAGUGUUUCUUUGCGUACUGCUGGGCUAUCAAGAACCAUGAAAUUCUGGGUUGGACAGGGGAGCGAGUGUGUCUGGCUGGUGACAGUGCAGGGGGGAACCUGUGCGUCACUGUGUCCAUGAUGGCCGUGGCACAUCGAGUACGCUUGCCGGAUGGCAUCAUGGCUGCAUACCCUGCCUUCAUGCUCACCACCUGUGCCUCGCCAUCCCGUCUGCUCAGUCUUAUGGAUCCUCUCCUUCCCCUGAGUGUACUCUCCCGCUGCCUCAGUGCUUAUGGAGGUUUGGAUCCUCAGAAGGAGAAACAGGUAGAGAAAGUUACCACUCUGGGGGCGAUAAGGAAGGACACUGCCCUACUAUUCAAAGGCUUCAGACAGGGAGCUUCAAAUUGGAUCCACUCACUCAUGGACCACAACAAAGCAAGUGCAGAUACCAUGAGGUACAGUGUUUCUGAGGGGACUCUCAAUUCUACCCAAUCUGACCCUCUGGUUCCGGGAACAUCCUCGGAGUUCUCAGUGAAAAAAGAAUCUCUCAAAAGCCACACAUGUGAGGAUCUGGUCACCCACACUGCCAGCACAUCCACCAGCAGCAGCCACAACAGCACCAGCUCUACUGCCAACCACAGUGCCAACCUCCCACUUCACCAUCAUCCUGUCCUCACCACCACAGCAAUCCUUGAAAGCAAGCCAGAGGAUAUAAAUAUACUUUUCUUCAAAGAGGUCGACCCUGCUGUGUCAAGUUCAAUCUUGUCCGUGGCGGCACCUCCCCCUGAUGGAGAAGGACACUCUGAAAACCCACGAGGGUUUCCUGGGGACUUUGAGCCAUUGCGCUCAGAGCAGCUUGCCAAAAUGAACGUAGAUUCCUCACCCAUCUUUAGAAAUCCGUACAUGUCACCUGUUCUGGCUCCAGACCACAUGCUGAAGGGACUGCCUCCUGUUCAUAUAGUGGCCUGUGCUCUGGACCCCAUGUUAGACGACUCUGUGAUGUUCGCCCGGCGACUACGGAAAAUUGACCAACCUGUGACUUUGUGUGUAGUGGACGACCUCCCGCAUGGCUUCCUUAGCCUGUCCCAGCUCUCUAAGGAAACCCAUGAAGCCUCAAAUGUCUGCAUGGAGAGGAUCAAAGAUGUCUUCACUAUGAAAGACCUGCCUCCAGAGAUAAACAAACACCGCAAGCUGGAAAGGACCGAUCAUUGUGCUUCAGGUUCAUUCAAACGACCACUAGUGAGGAUGGAAGAGAGGGUGUAGUUUGAAAGGUGGAAAGUGGUGUAGUGACCAACAAAGCUGAUGCAUGAGGUGAGAUUUGAAGAACAAAUAUAAUAAAAAAGGAAGAGGGUUUUUUUUUUUUUUAAUUAUUAUUUUUAACAAAAAGAAAUUUAAGGUGAAAGACUGACUAGAUUCACUGUGCAACGAACCAACAGAACAAGAAUGAGUAAAAUGAUGCAGUAAUGCCUCACGGAAGCACUUUCACUGAUACUUGAUCAGUGUUUGGCAGUAAGUGAAUAGAGGUGAGAGGAGUCACUACUGCUUUUGUGUUAUACUGUGCAUGUGCACUUGCACUUUUCAAACAUGCACAACUAAAAUAUUGCCACUUUGCCUCUGCACUGUAUUGCUUUGUUGAGAUUCUGAUUCCGAAUCGUACAAAUACCAGCAUGGAGACAAAUGCUUCCUGUCUUGUCCAGGCCUCAAGCUGAAUUUUCAUAAAUGUUAUUCUAAUAUAGCUUUUUGACGCACAUUAUUAUUGAACUUCACGCUUAUGCCAUAGGCAAGCUUUAUAUAUGGUCUUGAAACUGAAAAAAAAAAAAAAGAAAAUACUGACUGAUUGAUACACAUGGCUUUUCAGAGUCCAUUUGGGUAUAGAUAGCUCCAGGGUUAAUGUUCUGUGCGAGUGAUCAGAAGGCAGAAAGUUCAUUUCCCAAGCUCUCAGAGAACCACUAUUGGGGCCUUAACCCUGAAUGUCUCAGCUCUAGGCUUGCAUAGUAUCUCAGUUGUGAGUCAAUUUGUGUAAAAGUGCCUGCUAAAUGAAUAUAUUUAAAUGUAGAUUUUGUUUUACGUGUUAAGUAAUUGUACUUUUACUACAUGUUAUUUCCAAGUAUUUUUGUAGUUGUUAAUUAGAGAAUUUUUAAUGUUUCUUCUGAGGUUGAACAAUCUUGCAUCAAGUCCUAAACAAUUGAAUACACGUUCAUCAGCGCAAUAGGAUUUCUGGGCUUCAAACACAGGAAGCUACGGUAUGAGCUGCGGAAUUAUAAUUCACCUAGCAUCAGCCAUCAUCUACUUGCACUCUUUAGCCCAAUCAUUGCUGGUGCAAUUACAUUGAGAUACAUAAGGAUUUUUUUUUUUUUUUUGCACUUUCAGCAUUAAUGGCUUUAAUCCUUUUUCUUGUCUUAGCCAUUGCUUGGUGGCUAUUACUACCUUUCUGCUUGUCAGCUUUUAAAACGUUCUGCACACUGACCCAUUUUAUAGAACCCAGGAGGUAUUUUAAGGAACAUCCUUCCACAACCUUGAACCAAUUAGACAGUUCAUUUAGCAGGGGUAUGACUGGGCUCCCUGUGUAGAUGUCAUUUGUGAAACUAUUUGACCCAACCAGACUUUCAGAUUUCACUCCUCUAAGCUUUAAAGCAAAUCCAACAACUUUCAGGGAUGGACAAAUUAUAAAUUAAUUAGCCAUUCAUCAGGCAAGUAAACACUCCCAAGUAUCAUGUCAAAUAAUUUAACCCUGAAGUAUGGUGAGCUAGUAAUGGAUAAAUGUCUUGAUGCAGACUAAUAUGUGACUACGCCAAUUCCUGGAGCGGGCAUGAUUUCUGUGUUGCCAUCGUCCUCAUACUUGCCAACAUGCAGUACAAUUAGCAGUUAUGCGACGGUUUGGAACUUUGGUGUUUUGUAUAUUUCCUCGCAUUCGUCACUGUUUCUACGCUAUUUCCACAUGUAGCUGAUUUUAUAAAGUUUAUCUGUAAUCUGUACAAGUUAGUUUAUUCAAACUAAUAAUAAUCGUCCAUAUGAUGACUGGAAUGCACCCAUGUGUGUAGUGCAGCAGGUGGCGAGUAGUGCCUGUUAGUAGUGUCACUCCACAAUGAAACAUAUGAAGUGGAAUGUGUUGCGUUUAAACAUGCGUAUCAAGUAAACAAUGCUUUGUGAAUUUCAUUAGAGCGUUUGUUUGUUGGCUUGUUUUUGUUUGAGGCCCACCAUCAGCCAAAUGGAGUUCCUCAAUUCUUUCUUCACUAUUCUAUUUUACAUUCCACUGAAAUACUAAUCACCUCUUUUGAGUGACCAGCAUUGUAAAAAAAAAAAAAAAAUCUAUUAUUUCACUGAUUUGCUCACUUUUCUCGAUGACGUGCAAUUGUAGGGAAGCACACGCACUGCCCCAUUUAGAUCCACAGAGGUUUUAUUACACCUAGAAACCAAAAAUGGGAAUCGCAACAAGAGCUAUUAAGGGUCCAUUAGGGGAACGAAUCCUGCUGCUGCUGCAUGCUUGGGGGAGGAGCCAAGGACUGGAUAGUGAAUUGCAGGGUUGCCAGGGUCAGAAUUUUGACACCAAUUUGCGCUAGUUGAAAAUGCCAAGAUCUUGUUUCAUUUAGAGCAAAUAUUCUAAAUAAAAUCUAAUUAAUUUCCUCAAGCCAAAGGCAAAGUGUCCGUGCAGACAAUGUGUCUAUGAUGUACAGAACCAUUUAUGUUGCAGAGAUUCGAAGAAGGAAAGGGAAGGUAUAGAUUUGAUUAUAUCCAUACCUCAAAAAUGCGUGUACACUAUGGUGACCGCACAAAGGCUGAGGAAAAGAAGAAAGGUUUGUGUCUCUUUUGAAAUGCCUACAUUUUGGGGCUAUCUUCAGAUUUUUUUUUUUUUGUGUGUGUGGUUUUUGAGAUGUAGGUGGGGUGGAAAUUUUGCUGAAACCUGGGAACCCUGAUUCAUGAGUCCCCCCCCUGCCUUUCUGUUUUGUUAUUUUACCUCAGGGACCGGGAACAACCUGUGGACCUGAGGUCGCUUGAGGGACUGGAGUUAAAUGGAAAGCACUCUCCUCAGGAUAUGAGCUGAUCCUAGUGUUAGGGUUAAGUUGUACCUAGUAGAAUGCUUCCAUUACUUCUUUAUACUCCUUGGUCUAUUUUUGACGUUGUCCUUUAGACGGAUUCGCAUUUGUAGCAACCAGAGGGCCGCUAUGAGUCUGUGACGACUCGGUGUGGGGUUCCUCUAGCUCUUGAUUGGUGGAAGAGUUCGUUCCAGUAGCAGACUUCUUGAUCCCAGUCUGGUUCCUCACUGGGGAUCGCGGUCCUUGAUAACCUGUGCGACGACCGGUGUGGUUUUUUUUUCAAUGUACUAUCCAUACUUGUUGGCAUUCGCAAAUUAUCACUGAACACCUUUGACGAAACAUAAACCAUCUUAACUGUAUGCUGGAUGACUGUGUUGUUGACUCUGAACUGCCGAUUACAGGAUCACUCAAAUUCACUAGACUGUAUCCCAUAGCAUCAGUCCGCUCUUAGUUUAAUGUUGUUUGAGGCUGUAAUCAUUUAAUAUCGUCCUCUUCCACCAAAAUCUAUGGUCAUGAGCCACUGCUGCAUCUAUUAAACCUACUUGUCCAUCUGUGAAUACUACGAAUAAAAAAUAAACUGGACGUGCCGUCUGCUUGCUUGCCCCAGGAUAAUGGCUAUUGAUUUGUCCACCCCUGACUCUGGAGACCUGAAAGGCUCACUAAUGAAGCAUUUCACCAAGCCAGUAUUCUCAUGCCUAUUUCUAUUAGACAACACAUUGCUACCUCAUCUGCCUCCAUCUCUGUAACAGCGAUUAAUUAACAGCUAUUAAACUAUUAUUAAGUGAUAGUAGUCGUGUAUUCUGUUAUGAUUACCGUGUCAGUUACCGUGGUGUUAUUUGUGGUAGUGUUGGGCCAUGAUAUCUCUGAAGGUCUGCUUCCUCUACAUGAGCCAGUGUAGUAUGAUUGAUACAGCAGACUAACAGAUGCUUAUUUCCAGAGUAUUAAUUAUAGCUCUUUGUGAAUGCGUAGAUCUUCCUGGCUUGUGUGGCUUCUUGUUAAAGUAUUAUCCUUAAAAUCCUCUCUAGUCCUUUAAUUAACUGCAGCUUUUGUGUUUGCAGCGUCAGUCAUUAAGAGUGAAUUGUCUGUGUCUGGAGUUACUGUGUGUUUCUCUUCCAUUCUUAAGAAAACCUGCACUUUAUGGAUCAUGACAAGUUAUUCAAUAUACACUACACUAUGAGCUAUAAUGUACUAUUCAUACGCACAUGAGCACAGACGUUUUUGUAACAAAUUUUCCUUUAUUAAAAACACCACAAGUGCAAAAAUAUAAAUGGAAAUUGAAUGUAUUUCUACUUUCCCUGCCUCAAACAUUCGCUUGUAUCGGUUUGGUUUUGGAGCAGCGGAUUUUAUACUGAAUUCUUUAAAUGAUGUACAAGUUGAUAGGAGCACAAAGCAUAGAACAACUAAUAAAAACACUUAGAUUUAAAAAAAAAAAAAGAUUUUAUUUAUUCACGUCCUUUAAAGGCAGGGCUGAAUUAUAUCAUAUAUAUCAUAGGAAGAACAGAUUUUAUUUAAGAAAUGUGUAUUGAUUUGUUCAAACAAAUGAGAUAUUGGUUAUCAGCUAAACCUUUCUUAAAACCUAUCCUGCUUAUUAUUUCUUGUAAAUUUUUGCACGUUUCAUAUAUCUCUGGAGAGAAUAUGUCGACAAAAAAAUAUCAGAUUUACAUUUGGAAAAAGUACCAAAAAUUUACAAAUUUUUUUAGUCUAAACGUAAUAUAAAUCUAAAUGUAAUCCAAAGGUCAAAGUGCAGUCCUGCUGCUUUCUUCCCAGUUCUGCUGAGAUAUCAUAUGCAUUUUCUUAUUUUUUUAAAUCAGUAUAUAUUUUCGAGAGUUUGUUAUUGUAAUAAACGUAGCCUGAAGCUUUUUUGUGUCCUGAUGCAUAUGUUGUGUUGUACAGGUGGUUUGUGGUUUAUGCAAUAAACAAUAAAAAUAUUGUCAAAGCAUGCAA